AUGGCCGACCCCUCCACCCUUCAACCCACCCUCCCCUCUCCCUCAACCCCCUCAACCUCCCUCUCCACCCUCACAAUCCACGCCGACGACCCCUCCAACCACCUCACCGACGUCGCCCCACCCCUCCACGUCUCCACCACCUUCCGCUACUCCCGCGACCCCACGAAACUAAACCCCCUCACCGACGAACAAAUCGCCGCCAACGCCGCCGCCCAAGGUCCCGGCUCCGCCGUCCCAGCUGACGCACACAUCUACUCCCGCGUCUCGGCGCCCAAUACAUCCCGCUUGGAGCUCAUCUUGACGUCCGUGCUGGGCCAGCCGAGUUUAGCAUAUGGCUCCGGCCUAGCGGCCUUCCACGCAUUGCUGGUGUGGUUACAUCCCAAAGUCGUGGCGAUCGGAGACGGAUAUCACGGCUGUCAUGGGGUGUUGAAACUCUACCAGAAAUUGACGGGGUGUAAGAUUGUGGACCUUCACGACGAAGGGAGCUGGGAAGGGUUGGGAAAGGGGGAUGUGGUGCACUUGGAGACACCGGUCAAUCCUACAGGGAAGGCGUUUAAUAUUGAGCGGUUUGCGGAGCUGGCGCACGCGAGGGGAGCGUGGUUGACGAUCGAUGCGACGUUUGCGCCGCCGCCGUUGCUGGAUCCGUUUAAGUGGGGAGCGGACUUUGUGAUGCACUCCGGGACGAAGUAUUUUGGUGGACAUUCGGAUUUGUUGUGUGGAGUGAUUGGGGUGGGGAAAGGGAGGGAGGGGUGGGAGAAGGAUUAUUGGGGAUUGUUCGGGGAGAGGAUUUUCCUUGGGUCGGCGGUGGGGAGUUUGGAAGGGUGGUUGGGGGUGAGGAGUUUGCGGACGUUGGAGUUGCGGGUGAUGCGGCAGAGUGAGAAUGCGGGACGGUUGGUCCUGUGGUUGGAUUCAGCGGUCAGAGAGGGAGGAGACGGGGUGAGCAAGGUGGUGCAGAAGGUGGAGCAUGCGAGUUUGCAAAAGGAGGAUAUGGAGUGGUUGAGCCGCCAGAUGCCUAAUGGCUUCGGGCCGGUGUUCAGCGUGUGGAUGAAGAGUGAGGAGUUGGCGAGACGGUUGCCGAGUAAAUUGGAGUUUUUCCAUCAUGCGACGAGUUUGGGAGGGGUGGAGAGUUUGAUUGAGUGGAGGAAGAUGAGUGAUCAGAGUGUGGAGGGGACUUUGAUGAGGAUAUCGGUGGGGAUUGAGAAUUGGGAGGAUCUGAAGGGGGAUUUGGAGAGGGGGUUUGCGAGGUUGGUGGAGGAGGAGGAGGGGAAGACAGCACUACCGCACCUCUCCCAUGCAUCCAUCCACCCUGCCUCAUCGUCAAAACGUCCAUCUCAGCCCUCACCCCCCCGUCCUGCCCUGGAUCAACAACUAAGAAAUCACCAACGCCACAAACAUUGCCCAUCACCUCCACCCAAAUCCACCCAAAUCCACACCUUCUCCUCCGCCUCCCGCACUCACGUCCAAGCCGCCCCCAUCGCCUUCCCAACGUGGCGCAAAACCAAACCCUCCAUAAUCCGCUCCAUUCUCUCCCGACACCCUCUGCCCUACCAUCCUCUAUCCACCUCUGCUCCACCGAACUUUUCUCCCCGCUCGUCCCCCUGCACCCCACCACCUCCUCCGUCCACGCCAGCUCCCUCGCCAAUGACACCUCCUACAGUCUCACCGCGGCGGUCUUCUUCACCCGUGAUUUAG